AUGGCAUACAUCUCCAAUACACUUCUGGUGGUCUGUCUUGUAGUACUGACACGUAUGCCUUUUCAACUUGCCUCCACGACGACCUGUGUCUUCAUAGGUUUUGAGGAGCACAAUAGUUUCUAUUUAGAGGGCGAUGUUGUUAUUGGGGGCUUGUUUCCAUUGCAUUACCACCCCGAGUCCUUUGAGCAGUCGUUUGUCAAAAAACCUGUACCCUCUGGACAUAAAUAUUUUCUCUCCAGAGCUUUGCGUUGGAUGCGCACAAUGAUCUUUGCCGUGAAUGAGAUAAACCAGCGCCAAGACUUGCUGCCACAACUGAAGCUGGGCUACCACAUUAGAGACAGCUGCGAUGACAUCCCUGUCUCCAUUAAAAACGCCCUCCUCCUGGUCAACGGGCAGUCUGACAGAGGCACUGGUGCCUCCACAUGCUCGGACGGUAACAGAAAAGUGUCGCCUGUAAUUAUUGGAGAUGCAGCUUCAGGGGUGUCCAUGGCCCUAUUAAGAACUCUGGGUCCAUUUUAUGUUCCCUUGGUCAGCUACUUUGCAUCGUGCAGUUGCCUGAGCAAUCAACAGGAGUUCCCGGCUUUCAUGCGCACAAUGCCAAGUGAUGCUUUCCAGACGAAGGCCCUGGCCAAACUGGUCAGCCAUUUCCACUGGACCUGGGUGGGUGUGAUCGGAUUGCAGACAGACUACGCCCGGUCUGCCAUACAGCUGUUCCUCCAGGAGGCAGCCAGGUAUGAAGUCUGCGCUGCCUAUGUCCAUUUCCUGGCUGUGCCGCCGGUGAAAGCCGAACUUGAGGCCCUGGUGAGCCGUAUGAAGGCGUCCUCUGCCAGAGUUGUGCUGGGUGUGGCUGGGGACAGCGACAUGAGGGAGAUCCUGGCCGAGUGCAGGCGGCAGAACGUCACAGACCUGCUCUGGAUAGCAAGCGAAGCAUGGUCCACGUCGCAGGCACUGUGGGCCGAUUUUAAAGACCUGUUAGCCGGAACGUUAGGCUUCGCCAUACGAAAAGGUGACAUCCCGAGUCUCGGGGGGUAUCUCGGCGGACUGCACCCUUCUGAGGCGCCGACCUCACAUUUCGUUGCAGAGUUUUGGGAGGAGACGUUCAACUGUAGACUCAAUAAUUCAGCUAACACUCAUUCACAUGGGCCGGAGGCCAAAAACAGAGGGCCAUGCGACGGACAGGAAGCGCUGAGCCAAGUGUACUCCACAUACACAGAUGUGUCUCAGCUCAGAGUCACCUAUAAUGUCUACAAGGCCGUCUACCUCGUAGCUCAUGCGCUGCAUGACAUGAGCAGGUGUGUUCCUGGUAAAGGGCCCUUUCCCAAUGGGACAUGCGGCAGCCUAGCACAGGUGCAGCCGUGGCAGCUCCUUCAUUAUAUGAAACAAACAACAUUCACAACAGGAAGUGAGGAGGUGAGAUUUGACGAAAACGGAGACCCGAUCGCUUCGUAUGACCUUAUGAACUGGCAACAGGGCCAGGAUGGCUCGCUGCAGUUGACCAAAGUAGGGUAUUAUGACGACUCAUUAGGCAGUGGAAAGGACCUGGUCAUCAACAGGUCUGCACUGAGAGGGCAUGAAGGCUUCCAGCCACCAGUGUCAAUAUGUAGCAAGAGCUGCCGGCCAGGGUUUAGGAAAGCUAUCAGGAAGGGCCAGCCCAUAUGCUGCUUCGACUGCAUCCCCUGUGCCGAGGGGGAAAUCAGCAACGAGACUGAUUCAGUGAAUUGUUUGACGUGUUCAGAAGAUACAUGGCCAAAUGAAGCACAGGACCAAUGCAUCCCUAAAAAGAUAGAGUUUUUAUCCUAUCAUGAAACGAUGGGCAUAGUUCUGUGGGUGGUCUCAGCUUUCGGGGCUCUGACUACAUUAGCUGUGUUAGGAGUGUUUGUGGCGUAUAGAAAGACACCCAUGGUUCGGGCGAACAACAUGGAGCUCAGCUUCUUGCUCCUCCUUUUCCUCUGUGCCUGCUUCCUGAUUGGCUUAACGUUCAUCGGGGAGCCCACGGAUUGGUUCUGCCAGUUCCGCUACACGGCGUUCGGCAUCAGCUUUGCCCUCUGCAUCUCCUGCAUCCUGGCCAAAACAGUGGUGGUUAUGAUGGCCUUCAGGGCUACCCUGCCUGGAAGUAACGUCAUGAAGUGGUUUGGCCCCAUGAAACAGAGGGCUAGCGUGGUCCUAUGCACUUCCAUACAAGUCCUGAUAUGUGUUAUUUGGCUCUGCACCCGCCCGCCAUACGCAUCGCACAACACCAGGUUUCUGAAUGCCAAGAUCAUCCUAGAGUGUGUGGUGGGGUCAGAGGUCGGAUUCUGGUGUGUGCUGGGCUACAUAGGCUUACUGGCCUGCAUGUGCUUUUUAAUGGCCUUCUUGGCCAGGAAACUACCGGAUAAUUUCAACGAAGCAAAGUUCAUCACCUUCAGCAUGCUGAUUUUCUUUGCCGUUUGGAUCACUUUUAUCCCCGUGUAUGUCAGCACGUCGGGAAAGUACACGGUGGCUGUUCACGUCUUCGCCAUCUUAGCCUCCACUUUUGGGCUCCUAUUUUGUAUUUUUAUCCCCAAAUGCUACAUCAUCUUGUUAAAGCCAGAGAAAAACAGUAAACAACACAUGAUGCGAAAAUAA